CUCUUUAUAGGGAGACACUCUGAGAAAGAGCACAUUGUGGGGGCCCACUCCAUGUGAUGUUUGCUUGGUUGCCUGUUCCCUUUUCUACCUGCAGAGCACAGUUCCCAUAAGGGCAGCGGGAUCAGCCUCCUGUCUCAUCUGGAAGACCACCACUCUGGGGUCUCAGAGGAAUGAUGGAAGCCUUGGGGUUUCUAAAAUUGGAAGUGAAUGGCCCCAUGGUAACGGUGGCCCUGUCAGUGGCUCUCUUGGCCCUCCUGAAGUGGUACUCCACGUCAGCAUUCUCAAGACUGGAGAAGUUAGGCCUCAGACAUCCCAAGCCUUCUCCUUUUAUUGGAAACUUGACAUUUUUCCGCCAGGGUUUUUGGGAAAGCCAAAUGGAGCUCAGAAGGCUGUAUGGACCUCUGUGCGGGUACUAUCUCGGUCGUCGGAUGUUUAUUGUUAUUUCUGAGCCAGACAUGAUCAAGCAGGUGUUGGUUGAGAACUUCAGUAACUUUACCAACAGAAUGGCAUCAGGUUUGGAGUUCAAGUCGGUAGCCAACAGCGUUCUGUUUUUACGUGACAAAAGAUGGGAAGAGGUCAGAGGUGCCCUGAUGUCUGCUUUCAGUCCUGAAAAGCUGAACGAGAUGGUUCCCCUCAUCAGCCAAGCCUGCGACCUUCUCCUGGCUCAUUUAAAACGCUAUGCGGAAUCUGGGGACGCAUUUGACAUCCAGAGGUGCUACUGCAAUUACACCACAGAUGUGGUUGCCAGCGUCGCCUUUGGCACCCCCGUGAACUCCUGGCAGGCCCCUGAGGAUCCCUUUGUGAAACACUGCAAGCGUUUCUUCGAAUUCUGCAUCCCCAGACCUAUCCUGGUUUUACUCUUAUCAUUUCCAUCCAUAAUGGUCCCACUGGCCCGGAUUUUGCCCAAUAAGAACCGAGAUGAACUGAAUGGCUUUUUUAACAAACUCAUUAGGAAUGUGAUUGCCUUGCGGGACCAGCAAGCUGCCGAAGAGAGGCGGAGAGACUUCCUCCAGAUGGUCCUGGAUGCCCGACAUUCUGUGAGUCCCAUGGGCGUGCAAGACUUUGACAUCGUCCGAGACGUUUUCUCCUCUACUGGGUGCAAGCCGAACCCUUCUCGGCAACACCAGCCCAGACCCAUGGCCAGGCCUUUGACUGUGGAUGAGAUUGUGGGCCAGGCCUUCAUCUUCCUCAUCGCUGGCUAUGAAAUCGUCACCAACACACUUUCUUUUGCCACCUACCUACUGGCCACCAACCCUGACUGCCAAGAGAAGCUUCUGAGAGAGGUAGACCUUUUUAAGGAGAAACAUCAGAUGGCCCCUGAGUUCUGCAGCCUCGAGGAAGGCCUGCCCUAUCUGGACAUGGUGAUUGCAGAGACGCUGAGGAUGUACCCACCAGCUUUCAGAUUCACACGGGAGGCGGCUCAGGACUGCGAGGUGCUGGGGCAGCGCAUCCCCGCAGGUGCUGUGCUAGAGAUGGCCGUGGGUGCCCUGCACCAUGACCCCGAGCACUGGCCUAGCCCGGAGACCUUCAACCCUGAAAGGUUCAAGGCUGAGGCCCGGCAGCAGCACCGGCCCUUCACGUACCUGCCCUUCGGGGCCGGCCCACGGAGCUGCCUCGGGGUGCAGCUGGGGCUGCUGGAGGUCAAGUUGACACUGCUCCACGUGCUGCACAAGUUCCGGUUCCAAGCCUGCCCUGAGACCCAGGUACCGCUGCAGCUAGAAUCCAAAUCUGCCCUAGGUCCAAAAAAUGGUGUCUAUAUCAAGAUUGUAUCCCGCUGACACAGAAGGCCGCCGGGUGGGGGGAGGGCACCCCCAAAUUCAAAGGAAACCCUAAGUGUGAAUGUUCAGAAUUUUGGAAAAAUGUCACUGAAGUGAUUGAAAGAGUGCUUGGCAUGCAAGGAUAAGAGGUUUUUUACAUAACAUUUCCUAAAUGCUUAAUAAACGUUUGUUGCACUUGGUUUUGACACUGCCAA